AUGCUUAUGGCCGAACUGAGGACCAGUGUACAAGGACCAGUGUACAAGGACCAGUGUACAAGGACCAGUGUAUAUGACCAGUGUACAAGGAUCAGUGUAUAUGACCAGUGUACAAGGACUAGUGUACAGGACCAGUGUAUAGGGCGACUGUGCAAGGACCAGUGUACAAGGACCAGUGCACAGGGACCAGUGUACAAGGACCAGUGUGCAGGGACCAGGCUAGGACCAGUGUAUGACCAGUGUGACAGGACCAGUGUACAAGGACCAGUGUGCAAGGACCAGUGUACAGGACCAGUAGGACCAGUGUACAGGUCUGGUGCAAGGACCAGUGUACAAGGACCAGUGACCAGUGUACAGGACCAGUGUAAGGACCGGUGGGGAAGUGUACAAGGACAGUGUACAAGUGUGCAGGGACCGGUGUGCAGGGACCGGUGUAAGGACCAGUGUACAGGACCAGUGUACAGGACCAGUGUGCAAGGACCGGUGUACAGGACCAGUGUCGGGACCAGUGUACAGGACCAGUGUGCAAGGGACCAGUGUGCAAGGACCAGUGUACAGGACCAGUGUACAGGGACCAGUGUGCAAGGACCAGUGUACAAGGACCAGUGUGGGACCAGUGUGCAAGGACCAGUGUACAGGACCAGUGUGCAAGGACCGGUGUGCAGGACCAGUGUACAGGGACCGGUGUGCAGGACCAGUGUGCAAGGACCAGUGUGCAGGGACCGGUGUACAGGACCAGUGUGCAGGACCGGUGUGCAGGGACCGGUGUGCAGGACCAGUGUACAGGGACCAGUGUACAGGACCAGUGUGCAAGGACCAGUGUGCAGGGACCAGUGUACAGGACCGGUGUACAGGACCAGUGUGCAGGACCAGUGUACAGGACCGGUGUACAGGGACCAGUGUGACAGGACCAGUGUACAAGGACCAGUGUACAGGGACCAGUGUACAGGACAGUGUGCAAGGACCAGUGUACAGGACCAGUGUACAGGACCAGUGUACAAGGACCAGUGUACAAGGACCAGUGUGGGACCAGUGUGCAGGGACCAGUGUACAGGACCAGUGUACAAGGACCAGUGUACAAGGACCAGUGUACAGGACCAGUGUGCAGGACCGGUGUACAGGACCAGUGUGGGACCAGUGUGCAAGGACCAGUGUACAGGACCAGUGUACAGGACCAGUGUACAAGGACCAGUGUGCAAGGACCAGUGUACAGGACCGGUGUGCAAGGACCAGUGUGCAAGGACCAGUGUGCAAGGACCAGUGUACAGGACCAGUGUGCAAGGACCAGUGUACAAGGACCAGUGUGCAAGGACCGUGUGCAAGGACCAGUGUACAGGACCAGUGUACAGGACCGGUGCAAGGACCAGUGUGCAAGGGACCAGUGUGCAAGGACCAGUGUGCAAGGACCAGUGUGCAAGGACAGUGUGCAGGGACAGUGUGCAAGACCGAGUGUGCAGGACCAGUGUGCAAGGACCAGUGUGCAAGGACCGGUGUACAAGGACCAGUGUACAGGACCAGUGUGCAGGACCAGUGUGCAAGGACAGUGUGGACCAGUGUGCAGGACCAGUGUGCAAGGACCAGUGUGCAGGGACCAGUGUACAAGGACCGGUGUGCAAGGACAGUGUGCAGGGAGUGUCAGGACCAGUGUGCAGGGACAGUGUGCAAGGACCAGUGUGCAAGGACCAGUGUGCAGGGACCAGUGUACAGGACCAGUGUACAAGGACCAGUGUGCAAGGACCAGUGUGCAGUGUGCAGGACCAGUGUACAGGACCAGUGUACAAGGACCGGUGUGCAGGGACCGGUGUGCAAGGACCGGUGUACAGGAACCAGUGUGCAGGUGUGUGCAGGACCAGUGUACAGGACAGUGUGACAAGGACCAGUGUACAAGGACCAGUGUACAGGACCAGUGCAGGGACCAGUGUGCAGGGACCAGUGUGCAAGGACCAGUGUGCAAGGACCAGUGUACAAGGACCAGUGUACAGGACAGUGUGCAGGGACCAGUGUGCAGGGGACCAGUGUACAGGGACCAGUGCAGGACCAGUGCAGGACCAGUGUACAAGGACCAGUGUACAGGACCAGUGUACAAGGACCAGUGUGGGACCAGUGUACAGGACCUGUAGCCAGUGUACAGGACCAGUGUACAAGGACCAGUGUACAGGACCAGUGUGCAAGGACCAGUGUGCAAGGACAGUGUGCAGGACCAGUGUGCAAGGGACCAGUGUGCAGGACCAGUGUGCAAGGACCAGUGACCAGUGUACAGGACCAGUGUACAAGAACCAGUGUGCAAGGACCAGUGUGCAAGGACCAGUGUACAGGGACGUGUACAAGGACCAGUGUGCAAGGACCGGUGUGCAAGGACCGGUGUGCAGGGACCGGUGUGCAAGGACAGUGUACAGGACCAGUGUGCAGGACCGGUGGGCGUGUCAAGGACCAGUGUGCAGGACCAGUGUGGGACCAGUGUGCAAGGACCAGUGUACAGGACCAGUGUGCAGGGACCGUGUACAGGACAGUGUACAAGGACGUGUCAAGACAGGGGUGUCAGGACCGGGACCAGUGUACAGGACCAGUGUACAAGGACCAGUGUACAAGGACCAGUGUACAAGGACCGGUGUGAGGACAGUGUGCAAGGACCAGUGUGCAAGGACCAGUGUGCAAGGACCAGUUCAGGGCCAGUGUACAGACCAGUGUGCAAGGAGUGCAGGACCAGUGUGCAGCGGGAGUGUACAGGACCAGUGUGAGGGCAGUGUGAGUGUACAAGGACCAGUGUACAAGGACGCAGUGUGCAGGGCAGUGUGGGACCAGUUGGUGUGCAAGGACGUAUGGACCAGUGUACAGGACCAGUGUACAGGACAGUGUACAGGACAGUGUGCAGGGACAGUGUGCAGGACUUGCAGAGUGUGCAGGACCAGUGUGCAGGACCAGUGUGCAGGACAGUGUACAGGACCAGUGUGCAAGGACCAGUGUGCAAGGACCAGUGUACAAGGACCAGUGUACAGGACCAGUGUGUGCAGGACCAGUGUGCAGGACCAGUGUGCAAGGACCAGUGUACAGGACCAGUGUACAGGGACCAGUGUACAAGGGACCAGUGUGCAAGGGACCAGUGUACAAGGACCAGUGCAAGGACCAGUGUACAGGACCAGUGUGCAGGACCAGUGUGCAGGGACCGGUGUGCAGGGACCAGUGUACAGGACCAGUGUGCAAGGACCAGUGUGCAGGACCAGUGUGCAAGGACCGGUGUGCAAGGACCAGUGUGCAAGGACCAGUGUACAGGACCAGUGUGCAAGGACCAGUGCAAGGACCAGUGUGCAAGGGACCAGUGUGCAAGGACCAGUGUACAGGACCAGUGUGCAGGGACCGGUGUGCAGGACCGUCAGGACCAGUGUGCAGACGUGUGCAGGACAGUGUACAGGACCAGUGUGCAAGGACCAGUGUACAGGACCGGUGUGCAGGACCGGUGUACAGGACCAGUGUGCAGGACCAGUGUACAGGGUGUGGACCGGUGUGAGGACCAGUGUGCAAGGACAGUGUGCAAGGACCAGUGUACAGGACCAUGUGCAAGGACCAGUGUGCAGGACCAGUGUCAAGGACAGUGUACAAGGACCAGUGUACAGGACCAGUGUACAAGGACCAGUGUACAGGACAGUGUGGGACCAGUGUGCAGAGUGUCAGGACCGUGUACAGGACCAGUGUGCAAGGACCAGUGUGCAAGCCAGUGUCAGGACAUGCAAGGACCGUGUAGGCGUGUCAGGGUCAAGUGUGCAAGGACCAGUGUGCAAGGACCAGUGUGCAAGGACCAGUGUACAGGACCAGUGUGCAGGGACCAGUGUACAGGACCGGUGUAAGGUGUCAGGGACCAGUGUACAGGCAGUGUGCAGGACCAGUGUACAGGACCAGUGUGCAAGGACCAGUGUACAGGACCAGUGUGCAAGGACCGGUGUGCAAGGACCGGUGUACAGGACCGGUGUACAGGACCGGUGUACAGGACCGGUGUGCAGGACCGUGUACAGGACCGGUGUGCAAGGACCGGUGUGCAGGACCGUGUGCAAGGACAGUGUGCAGGACCAGUGUGCAGGACCGGUGUGCAGGACCAGUGUGCAGGACCGGUGUGCAAGGACCAGUGUACAAGGACCAGUGUACAGGGACCAGUGUGCAAGGACCAGUGUGCAAGGACCAGUGUGCAGGACAGUGUACAGGACCAGUGUGCAGGGACCAGUGUCAGGACGUGUCAGGACAGUGACAGUGUGCAAGGACCAGUGUACAGGACCAGUGUACAAGGACCAGUGUGCAAGGACCAGUGUGCAAGGACCAGUGUGCAAGGACCAGGUCAGGACCAGUGUGCAAGGACCAGUGUACAGGACCAGUGUGCAGGGACCAGUGUGCAGGGACCAGUGUGCAAGGACCAGUGUACAGGACGGUGUGCAGGCGUGUGGACCGUGUACAAGGACCAGUGUGCAGGACCGGUGUGCAAGGACCGGUGUGGGCCGUGUGGACCAGUGUGCAGGACAGUGUACAGGACCAGUGUGCAAGGACCAGUGUACAGGGACCAGUGUACAAGGACCAGUGUGCAAGGACCAGUGUGCAAGGACCGGUGUACAGGACCAGUGUAGUGUGCAAGGACGUGUGCAGGACCUGUCAGGACCAGUGUGGGACCAGUGUGCAAGGACCAGUGUGCAAGGGCCAGUGUGCAGGACCAGUGUACAGGACCAGUGUACAGGGCCAGUGUACAGGACCAGUGUGCAGGGACCAGUGUACAGGACCAGUGUGCAAGGACCAGUGUACAAGGACCAGUGUACAAGGACCAGUGUACAGGACAGUGUGCAAGGACCAGUGUGCAAGGACCAGUGUACAAGGACCAGUGUACAAGGACCAGUGUACAAGGACCAGUGUCAAGGACCAGUGUACAAGGACCGGUGUACAGGACCAGUGUGCAGGGACCAGUGUGCAGGACCAGUGUACAGGACCAGUGUACAGGACCAGUGUGCAGGACCAGUGUACAGGACCAGUGUACAGGACCAGUGUGCAGGACCAGUGUGCAGGACCAGUGUGCAAGGACCGGUGUACAAGACCAGUGUACAGGGACCAGUGUGCAGGGACCAGUGUGCAAGGACCGGUGUACAGGGGUGGGUGUGGACGUGUGGACCGGUGUGCAGGGACCAGUGUGCAAGGACCAGUGUGCAAGGACCAGUGUACAGGCAGUGUGCAGGACCGUGUGGGGACCAGUGUGCAGGGACCAGUGUGCAAGGACCAGUGUACAAGGACCAGUGUACAAGGACCAGUGUGCAAGGACCGGUGUGCAAGGACCAGUGUACAAGGACCAGUGUGCAGGACAAGUGUGCAAGGACCAGUGUGCAGGACCAGUGUACAGGACCUGUGCAGGACCGUGUGGGACGUGUACAGGACCGGUGUGCAGGACGUGUCAGGACGUGUACAGGACCGGUGUCAGGACGUGUCAGGACGUGUACAGGACAGUGUACAGGACCGGUGUACAGGACCAGUGUGCAAGGACCAGUGUACAGGACCAGUGUACAAGGACUGUGGUUGUUGGGGUGUGGGGUGUCAGGACCAGUGUGCAGGACCGGUGUACAGGACCAGUGUGCAAGGACCAGUGUGCAAGGACCAGUGUGCAGGACCGGUGUGCAGGACAGUGUACAGGACAGUGUGCAGGACCGUGUAGGACCGUGUGAGGACCGUGUACAGGACCAGUGUACAGGACCAGUGUACAAGGACCAGUGUACAAGGACCAGUGUACAAGGACCGGUGUGCAAGGACCAGUGUGCAGGGACCAGUGUACAGGACCAGUGUGCAGGACCGUGUACAAGGGCAGUGUACAGGACCGGUGUACAGGACCAGGUGUGCAAGGCGUGUCAAGGACCAGUGUGCAAGGACCAGUGCAGGGACCAGUGUGCAGGACCAGUGUGCAAGGACCAGUGUGCAAGGACCGGUGUGCAAGGACAGUGUACAAGGACCAGUGUACAGGACCAGUGUGCAAGGACCAGUGUACAAGGCCAGUGUACAGGACCAGUGUGUGCAGGACCAGUGUACAAGAUCAGUGUACAGGACCAGUGUACAGGACCAGUGUACAAGGACCAGUGUACAGGACGUGCCAGUGUACAAGGACCAGUGUCAGGAGGUGUACAGGACCAGUGUGCAAGGACCAGUGUACAGGACCAGUGGAAGAACCAGUGUACAAGGACCAGUGUACAGGACCAGUGUGCAGGACCAGUGUACAGGACCAGUGUGCAAGACCAGUUUACAAGGACCAGUGUACAGGACCGGUGUGCAAGGACCAGUGUCAAGGACGAAACUCCAUACUCCACUUUGGUCGGGAACAGAAUCGGUGACAAUUACCUGACAUGA